AUGUCUAACGUAGGAAAACUCAAAUUCAUUGAAAACGAAGACUUCUUAAGCUUGUUUAAGAAUCUCUUGCACACCAAAUUCUUUUCCGCUUCUACAACCAGGGUUGUCAAGAUUCUUGAAGUAGGUUGUGGACCUGGAGACUUUGCCUUGAUUCUUAAGGAUGCCUUAAAGGAUCAGGUCAAAAUUAAGGCCAUUGAUCCCUCUGAUGACAUUGAAGCUGCCAAGGCCAAGUCAAAUGGAAAUGAUGUUUCUUUUGAACGCGGUGAUAUCUUUAAUUUCUCAACUGAGGAAAAGUUUGAUGUAGUCUUAUUUACAAAGUCUCUUCAUCAUUGCCAUCCUAUUGAAAAGGCCUUGCAAAAUGCUAGUAAUUUGCUGAAUGAGGAUGGUGUCUUUGUGGCUGAAGAAAUUUAUACAGAUCCUGCCACAUUUGAACAUGUUGAUUGGUUUUUUGAUCGUUUGGAUUUAUUGCGUGCUGGUGGACACUUGAUUCCCUUACAAGAAAGAUUAGAAAACGCUGGUCAUACUAAAAAGAUGCUUUCCAAGUUUUUGAAUGUCAACUUGUCUAAUUCUGAAAGAUGGUUCAGACCUAUCAAGGAAAACAUGGGUAAAUUUCACAGAGAUGAUCCUGAGGGUAUUACACCAGCUACUGAGCUCUUCAAGCAAAUUGAGCAACAUUUUGGUAAAGAAAACGUUGAGUAUAUCAAGGCUGCUCAACUUUAUCAUUUCGUUGUAUUCGCAGGAUUGACUGACAAUGAAACGAACCAAGAGGUUUUGAAAGAGUUUAUCAAGCAAGAAAAUCGCGCUAUUCAACAAUCUGGUCUUCCUCCCUUGGGCAUCUACAUCAUCUGUCAUAAAUAA